CUCCCUGUUCAAAGCCCUCAGUUUCAGGCUGACAGUCCACGGUCGACACACUCACACCCACGGCGGGAGGAAACACGGCAGCGGUCCGCGGUAUCGGUGCGUCCACGCAGGAAAACUCGUCUUUUUAGAUUCACGCAGGAAAACUCGCCGUGUUUUUAUUUCGUUAAACUGCAGUGAGAUGUAGCCGCUAGUCUGCGCUAAAAAAAAAUCGUCUUUUUUUUAGUAAAACACGCGCGUGGAUGUAGUCGUGAACCAGAGAACUUAAAAACACGCACACUCCUCUGAAGAAAUGCAGCCCUAAACUGAGUCCUGGUCUGAGUGGAAGUGGACUUUCUCCGACCGUCGGUCCGGACCAGAUGUAGCAGAGCAGAGAUGGGAAAAUGGGAACUGACCAUGAACCCAGUGCAGGAGUGGGGGGAGGAGGUUGAGGACGGUGCGGUGUACAGGGUCACGCUGCGUCGAGAACCGGCCGCUGCUGCCGCCCCCCCCGGAGACAAGGAUGCAUCCUGCACUUUUGUCCAGUACCGUACCUGCAAGGUGAGGCGUCUGAAGGCCGCCACCCUGGAGCUGCUGGUCAACCACCUCCUGGACCCGACCUACCAGGAGCAGGACUACAGCAGGAUCUUCCUGUCCACAUACAGAACAUUCACCGGUCCGUCCAAACUCAUCGAGCUGCUGUUUCAGAGAGACGACGGAGCCUCUGACCUGGACAACACUGACUCCUACAGAGGCUCCAUGUUGGCCUUCGUCCAGCUGUGGUUGGACGACUACAGUGAGGACUUCAGGGACCCCCCCCUGCACCGGCCCCUCAGGCUGCUGCUGGACCACCUGAGGAUCAGCUCUGCUGUGCACGACCACAUGCGCAGCCAGCCCAACUUCUGCUCAUUGGCCGGUCAGGCCGAGGGGCUGCUCCAGCGGUUCCAACGAGAAGGAGCUCAGCCAAUCCUGUGUGACGUUCCGGAGGACGUGGGUCGACCAGAGGGUUCUGCUGAUGGAGGGUCAGGAGGCGAGGACGUGGUCGGUGUCCUGGACUUCUCCGCCGCAGACAUCGCCGCUCAGCUGACCAGCGUGGACUCCGCUCUGUUCGUCAGGGUGGUCCCGUACCAGUGUCUGGGCUGCGUGUGGUCUCAGAGAGUCAAGAAGGAGAACAUGUCUCCCACCAUCAGGGCCACCAUCACACAGUUCAACGCCAUCACCAACCAGGUCAUCAUGUCCCUGCUGUGCCAGUCCUCGGACCCCGACCCCAACCCCUCCUCCUCCUCCUCCUCCGGACCCCCAUCUACUCCAGCACACAGGGCCCGGAUCAUUGAGAAGUGGAUCGGAGUGGCACAGGACUGUCGUCAGCUGAAGAACUUCUCCUCCCUGAAGGCCAUCCUGUCGGCCCUUCAGUCCAACGCCGUCUACAGACUGAGGAGAACCUGGGCUGCUGUCAACAGAGAGAGCAUGGCCACGUUCAACCACCUCUGUGAGACCUUCCCUGAUGAGAACUGUGUUCUGACCAACAAAGACCUGCUGGGCGAGGACGGAGGUCAAACAUCUGUGGACAACGUUUCUCCAAAGGUGUCCAAACCGUGUCCUCUGUCCAGACAGAUGAGCACCUCUGCUGGAGUGGUUCCGUACCUGGGCACUUACCUGACCGUCCUCACCAUGUUGGACACCGCGCUGCCCGACACCGUGGAGGGCGGACUCAUCAACCUGGAGAAGAGACGGAGGGAGUUCGAGGUUCUGUCCCAGAUCCGUGUCCUGCAGGCGUCGUGCUCGCAGUACAACCUGCCCCGUCACCCGAGGGUCGCGGCGUGGCUGCAGAGAUACAGGCUGCUGACCGACCAGGAGAGUUACGAACUGUCCAGACGACUGGAGCCCCUGGUGGACGUUUGUUCACCGACGGUCUGGAGCCACCAGAGACUGUCCAAGAAACUCUCCAGCCUCCUGGCAGUGAACAGUGGCUCAAAGAAAGUUCCUCCAGAUCAGAUCAGCGUCUCCUCCUCUGGGUCCAGUGGAUCAGAGCUGGGGGAGGAUCUGUCCUCCCCCAGCUCCAGCUGCUCCAUCAGACUGCAGUGUUUUCAAAGUUCAGGCCACAAUGACUCCUCCACCUCCUCCACCUCCUCCUCCUCCUCAUCCUUGUCCUCUUCAGCGUCCUCCUCUCCUGAAAGCCCCCCUCCCUCCAGCUCCUCCCCCGACUGCCCCCCAGCUCCGUCCCAGGACGGUUCUGGGUCAAAGCCCGGUCUGUCGGCUCACAGGCGCUCGGCGUCCAUGACCUCGCUGCCCGUCUACAACCGUCAGGUGGCCGACUCCUGCAUCGUCAGGGUGAGCGUGGAUCUGCCCCAGAGCAGGGGCAACAUGUACAAAAGCAUCCUGUUAACCAGCCAGGACAAAACUGCUCAGGUGAUUCAGAGGGCGUUGGAGAAACACCACCUGGAGCACAUGGAGUGGCAGGAGUUCACCCUGAAACAGGUCAUCUCCCAGGACAGAGAGUUGCUCAUUCCAGACAAAUCCAACGUCUUCUACGCCAUGUCCACGGCGGCCAACUUCGACUUUGUGCUGCGACCGUUGCCUAAAGGACAGAAGAAGCCACUGAAGGCCACGUCCAGCCUGGGACGGUUCACGAAGCAGCAGAGAGUCGUCACCUGAAACUGGAGAGACGUGGGAACGACGGGAACUCCCUGGAGAGUUCUCUUCAUCUUUAAUUUAUAUCAA